AUGUCGCGCUAUCAUGGUCUUCAUACCUUCGAUUUACUUGUAUUUUCUGCCAGAAACUUUUCGUUGCUUUCAUUUGGCGAAGAAGCCGAGGUAGAGGAGGAAGUGGCUGCUGCAGUUUCAGAGCGAUUCAAAGGUAAGGGCAAGAGUGCGCACGACUUGCUUUCGGACCCACGUCUUAGUUCUCAACCAGUGGUUAUCACUGAAGAAGAUGAAGAAUUUGCCAGACAUGAGGAUGCUCGUCUACAGAUAGAGGCGGAUAAAAGGGCCCGUUCUAGGCUGGUUGCAUCCUUGCCUGGCGAUGAAGAGUCUCGGGCCGCAAAACGGAAAGAGAUGUAUGCACCUUAA